CACUAGGUUAUCCGGCAUACUGUAGCCGGCCACUGUACCUAGUGGUGGAAGAAGAAGAUACUGUAGCCACCCCAAGAAGAAGAAGUAGAAGAAGGUGAAUUGGAAUGAAACUGUUCUUCAAGUCGUCACCUGUAGUCUUGCACCCCGUACCAAGAAUAGUGAACCAUGUGCGAAUUACCCUGUCUAUGCUUUGGGAGGAAGAUAUGUAAUAUUAUAUAUGCUGCGAUGAGCUUUGUCAGGCAACUUCUCCUCCUGUACAUGUUCUCGAGGCCAAAAGCCCAACUUGAUGUGGACAUCAAGUUCGUCGCAUCGACCAUCAUCUGUAUCCACUGCGUCAUGGCGGCUGUCCUGUUCGUCGGGGUAUAUUGGAGCCGCAGGAGGUUCCUGAUCACUUACCUCCGCUACCUCAUCGCCAACGCCGUCGUUGACGUCGUUGUCCUCUACUGGGUAGCCUUUCGAAUGCAAGAGCAAGUGUUUAAGGGAUCAGGUCACUUCGACGACACAAAGCGGGAAGUUGGAAUUAAUGCAUCUAUAGAAAUUUCUGUUCCUCAAAACCAGAGCGGGAUAAUUAUGCUCCUGAAGAGUCCUGUCACAAAGGCCAGAUAUACCGCCUACCUGGGCUUCGAGAUCGUCGCCUGUGGUGUCCUAUACCUUUGGGUUGAUUCUUACUACGACCUCCUCCUUCCGAAGCCUGCCCCAAAGCCGUUGGAAGACCAAGAAGUGAUCGUGGCUGGUUCAUCUCAGAAGCUUCUUAAAGCGAAACAGUGACUGCGACAUUGCAAUGGGCGCUUUGGUUGUAUAAUUGUUGAGCCCACCCAUUAUGAACCUCUCCAUUAGUACCACCUUUGCCAAUAUUUCUGCGCAAUUUGGCUCCAUAGGUCUAUAAUCUGAUACUUGCAUAGCUGUGACUUUGGUGAACAAUGUCCGAAAUAAAUCUCUCUGGAAAUCGUCA